AAUGCCAAAAAUCGCACAUAACGCUAGGACGUUUGCGCGAUUCCACGUUCGAAGUUCAAAUCGCGACAAGCGAGCGUCGAGGCGUCGCUUCAUCAGUGUUACUCCGACUUAGCUCCGAACACGACUCCGGCUGUGUUACGUUAACACUGGCCGAAUAAAACUACGUACGUGAACAAAAAAAAAAAAGAACAUCUGUGUUUAAUUUCGAUUAUUACAUUUUUGGUGUGUUACUGUUAUUAGUUAUGAUAAAUUUAAAAACCGAACGAUAUGAUUAAAUUUGUUUGAGUGUCGAAUAGUGGGCAUUUCAAUACAAACUGAUAAGCAUCGAUAGCUGUUCUCUAGGAAGUAAAAGCAGGUCCCGAUGCUAUGAUGCUGGACGAGCUCGGGCCAACAGUGGCCUCCAACCAGUCAACCUCGCUAGCGGAUCUGGAUAGCUUCUACGUCACGUUCUACGAUGUCGAAAACGAGAGAUACGUUAACGAUUCGCAAAACGCAACCGAGCCAUUCCAAUCCUUCAUCCUGCCGUGGUGGAGGCAGAUUCUGUGGACGGUGCUUUUCGCUGGGAUGGUGGUCGUCGCCACCGUGGGAAACCUGGUUGUCAUCUGGAUAGUGCUCACCAACAAGCGGAUGAGAAGCGUCACCAAUUACUUCUUGGUGAAUCUAUCGGUGGCCGAUGCAAUGGUGUCGACCCUUAACGUCACCUUCAACUUCACGUACAUGCUGAACUCCAACUGGCCCUUCGGACAUUUCUACUGCAAAUUCUGUCAGUUUAUAGCGGUACUGAGCAUCUCUGCGUCUGUCUUCACGCUCCUUGCGAUCAGCGUUGAUCGCUACGUCGCCAUCAUGAGUCCGCUUCAGCCGCGUCUCGGCAAGAGAGCGACCCUCGGCAUCACCGCAGCCAUCUGGGCGUGGAGCUCCUUCAUCAGCAGCCCCAACCUCAUUUACUUCACAACUGAAAACGUCUCCUUGCCCGACGGAACUAUCAGAUGUGUUUGCUACUCCCAUUGGCCAGACGGUAUGACGACUAGAUCUCGCUUAGAAUAUGCGUACAAUGUGUUGUUCAUGGUGCUGACAUACUUCAUGCCCAUAAUAGCGAUGACCUACGCAUACUCCAGGGUCGGGGUGGAGCUGUGGGGAUCGCAGUCUAUUGGAGAGUGCACGCAACGACAGCUAGACAAUGUAAAAAGCAAACGACGGGUCGUUAAAAUGAUGAUCGUUGUGGUCGUCAUCUUCGCUGUCUGCUGGUUACCGUUCCAUGUUUACUUUGUGGUAACAUCGUACUAUCCUGAUGUUGUGAGCUACCCGCAUAUUCAAGAAAUCUACUUGGGUAUUUAUUGGCUGGCGAUGAGUAACUCGAUGUAUAAUCCCAUCAUUUAUUGCUGGAUGAACUCAAAAUUCCGACGAGGCUUUAAGCAGUUCUUCUGGUGUUGUGGUGCUUUCGGUGGUGGUGGCCUCGCCAGGCACAGGGCUCUGGGACCAGACAGGACGGAUAGAUCCAUGCGCUCCCUCUCACCCAGCCGAAAGAACGGAACAAGCACUAUCCGGAUUUCGAUGCAUAGCAUGUACAACAACAACGCGUCGGUGAGUGCGGGAUGACCUCGGCGCGGCGUAGCGGGCGAGGGGAUGCGCGCCCGCCCCCCGCAUGCCGCCACCGCCCCCGCCCACGCCGUCGAGCGCACGUGGAUUUGACGCGACCGACGCGAGCGCGUCCCCCUCACCCCACAACAACUGUACGCGUGAACGUGCUUAAAUAAAAAUCAGACUUUAAACAUAUUUUUGACCAGUGGAACAUUGCGGUGACUUAUCUGAGCAAUAAUUGAGAUGUACAUUGUAAUGGCUCGGUCGAGAUUGAAUAUCGAUAAAUAGAAUUAAUGCCAUCAGUCGAAAGCGUCUGUAUACUUUUGAUUUUAAUAUUAGACAAUGAUGUUUGAAUGUACAUAUUUAUGUUUGUAAGAAUAUCACGCUUUUUUAGGAUAAUAAGAAAGAAAGAAGUAAAAUUUUACUUGGAAAAGACCUAAUACACACUGAAAACCCUUAAAAAAUGGUCUCGAAAUCAAUGUGUUAAUCAACCCUUAGUCGUCACAAUAAAAAAAAAAUAAUUUAAUUUUGAUAUUCUAAAAUUGACGUAAUUCUUAUUAUCAAUACAAGUGUGUUUUGUGUCUACUUUCAUAAAUCUUUUAAUAACAAUUAUUAUAUAUAAAAAAAUCGUAAUAUUGGCAAUUUUAAAAUAUUUAGAUAUAUUUAGGUAAAUUAUCUUUAUUUCGUACGCACUAAAGAUUAUAAUAGUCUGCUCCCGCGCGCUCUAUCGAUGUAUUCAUAAAACAAAAUAAUUUUGUGAAAUAGCAUAAUAAAUCGCAAAAUAAUAUUCCUUUUUAUAAGUAUUAGAUGUAUGUAUAUACAUAUAAAUGUUAUGUGUGUUAUGAUAUAUUUAGAUUUAAAUUUUAAAAUACAACAUAUUAUUUUGUGUGUAAUAUAAGUAGAUUAUACAAUUAAAUUAUAUAGAUUUUUAAUGUUGAUUGAUAAGUACGCAACCAAAACUAAUUGUAAUUAUAGAUGUAAUUUAAAAACUGGAUAUGAUAUAUUAUGUAAUCUUUCUUUAGUAAAAACUCAAUAAAAAUGGACCAACAGUAUGUUUUGUUGCUUCAAUAUUUCAUUCAAUUUUAACAUUACACGAAUUGCAUUUAUAAAAAUAUUCACAUUAAAUACAUGCCAAAAUGGAUGUAUUUUUCCUUGAAGAUAUCUUAUGGUUUAAAAUUAAAAAAUAUCAAUUUAUUGUUGAAUAAUUCCAAUGAGUUAAUGAUAGAUCUAAGUCGGAGUUAUCUACCAAGGUGGAUGAUUAUUAUUAGUUAAUAUUAUUAUGUAUUCAAGUGUGGGUUUUUUAUAUAGAUUUAACACUCGUGCCAUUCGAGAUAACAAUCAUAAGGUAUACAUAAUAUAAUAUAAUCGAGGUUGAGUUGUGAGAGCUUGCGUUGUAAUAUUUAAAAGAUGAUAAGUUGGCUCUGAUCAACAUUAAUAACAUUAUUUCAGUGUUGUUCUAAUCAAUUCCAACAUUAACUCUUCAAAAUGGGUUAUCGUUAAUCAAGUUAUUUACAUUUAUCCAUCAAGAAACGUACAAUAUAUUAUUAUAAAUCUAGAAAUCUCUGUAUUUAAGUAAUAAUUGUAAAUAUGUAUAUUUAAUUUCUUAAUAGCACAACUCUUAAACUAUCUAUAAUGUUGAUAAAUCUGAAUGAAUGAAAAUAUUUUCUUUCAUUAAAUAAGUAUUUAGAUUUUAAGAUUUUGUAAAUACAUAUAUAAAUUUUCUAUGGUAAUUUUGUAUGAUAUAAUAAUAUAUAAUAUUGGAUAUUAGUACAGUAAUAUAUUUUAAAAUUAAUUUAAUUAAGAAUUAAUAAAAAUAUUGUACUCUAUAAUCCAAAACGUUCCGUUGUACUGUUGAACUCAUAUUUUGAUUCACAUGUCAAAUGUCCGAGAUUCCUGUGCAUUAGUAUAACUAUGUGCCACAGAGCGCACAAUGCGGGCGGUGGUGCCAUGGAAAAUACGAACACUACUCUGAGGCUAUUGGAGAAUAAAUUUAAUAACAACAUUUGCUCUACAAACCGAUAGUACUAUAUGCACAAAAUAUCUUUGUCAAUCUGAACAUAGACACUAGACUUCGUAACAUUUUUAAUAGCGAAUAAAAGAGAUUAAUUUGUUUUAUUUGUGUAGUUUCGUACAGAUUUUUACGUAAAUAGAUUAACUGAUGUAAUUAAUUAUAUACAAAUACGCCUAUAUCGGACGAAUUUCCGCGCUUUUCAUAAGACCGUCGAUCUGCCUUUUGAGAGAUUUACCCAUGCUGCGUCUGCGCGGUCGUCACAUGAAAACUAAAAAUCGGCAAUUGUGGUGGAACUUGGGGGUGGUCUAUAUCCAAUAGCGAAUGUCUAUAGGUUGAUAAUGAUACCUAACAAUCUGCGCAACAACUGCACGUAAAUACUAUAGUCUAUUUUUCUACUAUUACUAUUUUUUCUACUAUUUGUCUCAAAAAGGAAUGCACCUACCCCAGGACUCUACACCACCCUUCAUUGACUGGUAGAGAAUGUCUUAGGCAUUAACUCCGCUACUGUACUAAAAUAUAAUCCUCCUUCGAAACAGAUAGAUUUUGAUACUUAGCGUGCAGAUAAUUAAAUCGUUUUCACGUUAAAAUAAUAUGUUUCUUCAAUUAUUAAUCGAAAUUAAAUUUGCUUAUAGCGAUUCUAGUUUGUAUAUAAUUUAAUUUAGUUACCGUGGUUCGAAGACGUUACUAAAAGAAAGUAAUGCCAGUUACCUGAUGAGUUUACAUGUAAAAACUAAAGAUGAAUAGACGAGGAAGACAUAUUGCGCCAACCCCUGACACAGGGACAACUAGGGAAGAUGGUGAUCUCAUCAAUAUAAAUGUAUGUAAAAUUUGAUGUGCGAAAUUGUAAUUAAUAAAAUACACAAUAAAAUGCG